AUUCUAAAGCAACUAGCAAAAAAAUAGUAUACUAUACCUUUCUAGCUAGUAAUAUUAGUUCAAGAUGUCUAGUCCAAUUUUUGCUACUAUUUUCCUAGUAGUGUUCACUUUUGUGACUUGUACUGAGGGUGCUCCUCGUGCUUUCUUUGUGUUUGGUGAUUCACUUGUUGACAAUGGAAACAACAAUUAUUUACUAACUUCUGCAAGGGCCGAUUCUCCACCUUAUGGCAUUGAUUAUCCUACUCAUCGUCCUACUGGCCGUUUUUCCAAUGGCUUCAAUAUACCUGAUCUUAUAAGCCAAGAGCUUGGUGCUGAGCCAACAUUGCCAUACUUGGACCCUGAGCUAACUGGAGAUAAAUUGCUCGUUGGAGCAAAUUUUGCUUCUGCUGGAAUUGGAAUUCUUAACGAUACUGGAGUUCAGUUUGCAAACAUAAUAAGAAUUUCCCAGCAGCUACGAAACUUCGAACAAUACCAGGCUCGAGUGAGUGCUCUUUUAGGAGAAGAACAGACACAGAUGCUAGUAAACAAAGCACUUGUUCUCAUUACUUUGGGAGGCAAUGACUAUGUCAACAACUAUUUUUUCACACCAGUUUCAGCCAGAAGACUUCAGUAUAAUCUUCAAGAUUUCUCUGUUUAUAUUAUCAGCGAGUAUCGGAAGAUCUUGAUGAGGCUGUAUGAUUUGGGAGCAAGAAGAGUGUUGGUGACAGGAUCAGGUCCAUUAGGUUGUGUACCAUCCAGUCUAGCCAGCAGGAGCACCAAUGGCGAAUGUGCAGAGGAGCCUCAACGUGCUUCUGCUAUUUUCAAUCCUCUACUUGUCCAAAUGAUUCAAAGUCUCAAUCAAGAACUUGGCUCUGAUAUCUUUGUUGCUGCUAACGCUGUGGAUAUGCAGAACGACUUCAUCAGAGAUCCCCAAGCCUUCGGUUUUAUUACAUCAAAAGUAGCAUGUUGUGGACAAGGGCCAUAUAAUGGAGUUGGAAUAUGCACAGUUGCAUCAAACUUAUGUCCAAACAGAGAUCUAUAUGCAUUUUGGGAUCCUUUCCAUCCAACAGAACGUGCCAACAAAAUCAUAGUCCAAACAAUUUUCACUGGUUCAGACAAGUACAUGACACCUAUGAACUUAAGCACAAUUAUGGCUAUCGAUUCUCUGUAGCAUGCACCUGUGACUGAUGAAUCCAAUUAUAUAUUUAUCUUUUUUUGAGGUUGUCGAUCCUUUCCAAUUCAUGUUUUAACGUUGCUAGCUAGUUGAAUGCUCCUUCUUGAUUAUAUUUAUUAUUAAUGUAAUUUUGUUAUAUAUUUAUAUAUAUGAUGAGUUAAAUAAGGCAUUAUUCUUGUA